GGGGGACGGCAUUGCACGAUUAUUAGGUUUGCGCCGAAAAGAGCACUUGUUGUUGCUCGAUUUUUCCCGCUGUUUCCGAUCAUGGAGUUGGAUUGCUUGACGGAGUUGCCGCAUGCCCACGUUGAUCACCCCCGUCCAAGAAAGAGGGCGAGAUUAGGCUGGGAUGUGUCGAUCGCUCCUACGAUAGGAGUUUUAUGUGGGCAAGAAGUUGGUGAUGUUACGAGCUUGCUUUCUUUGGGGGCAUCUUCAGACCAUACUUAUUGUUCUAUGCAUGCUAAGGGUGUGGCUCGAAAUGCUUCCCCUCCUUGGAGAGAAGAUGAUAAAGAUGGCCAUUACAUGUUUGAUCUUGGAGAGAAUCUAACCUCUCGCUAUAAGAUAUAUAGCAAGAUGGGUGAAGGUACGUUUGGGCAAGUCUUAGAAUGUUGGGAUCGGGAAGCUAAAGAAAUGGUAGCAAUCAAGAUUGUUCGUGGCAUCAAGAAGUACUGGGAUGCUGCUCUGAUCGAAAUUGAUGUGCUUCAACAGCUAGCGAAACAUCAAGAGUCUUCCAGCCUUUGUGUGCAAAUAAGGAACUGGUUUGACUAUCGUAACCAUAUCUGUAUUGUGUUUGAGAAGCUUGGCCCAAGUUUAUACGAUUUUCUUCGGAAAAAUGGUUACCGACCCUUUCCAAUUGAUCUUGUUCGUGAGAUUGGCAGGCAACUAUUUGAAUCCGUUGCAUUUAUGCAUGAUUUGCGCCUCAUUCAUACUGACUUGAAGCCGGAGAACAUUCUAGUUGUUUCAUCAGAGCAUGUAAAUCUGUCUGAUCAUAAGUAUCCCAGCCAAUCCAUGAGAUUACCCAAGUCAAGUGCUGUCAAGGUAAUUGAUUUUGGAAGCACAACUUAUGACAGCCAGGAUCACAAUUAUAUUGUAUCAACGAGACACUACAGGGCUCCUGAAGUUAUAUUAGGGCUUGGAUGGAGUUACCCAUGUGAUGUAUGGAGCCUAGGAUGUAUACUUGUGGAGCUGUGCUCUGGGGAGGCUUUGUUUCAGACUCAUGAAAACCUGGAGCAUCUUGCCAUGAUGGAGAGGGUUUUUGGCCCCAUACCCCGUCAUAUGAUGAAAAGGGCAGAUAGGCAUGCUGAGAAAUAUUUUCGAAGAACUCGGCUGAACUGGCCAGAAGGUGCUUCCUCCAGGGAGAGCAUCAAUGCUGUUCAUAAAAUGCUCCGACUUCAGAACAUAAUUAUGAAGUAUGUGGAUCGUUCAGCUGGAGAUCUAAUUGAUUUGUUGCAAGGUCUAUUCAAAUAUGAGCCAGCAGAACGGUUGACGGCACGCGAAGCUCUCAGGCAUCCCUUUUUCAGGAACAAUCGGAGAAGGGAAUAAAAAUGUUGCAUGCAUAAUCAAGUUACAUGUUGAAUGAUCCUUAAAAAUAUAUUGGAACAGCUGCUGGCUGUCAUUUUUUUCCCUUCUGUACAGUAAUGCCUUUAGGAUAAUAGGAGCAACACAGCAUGAUUAGUGGCACCUCAUUGUGUAAUGCGUUGAUGAGCCUUCUCUCUUUACCUAUAAAGUUCAGUAUUUUUUCGCCCCCUUUUUAAUUUAUUUAUUUUACUGUUGGGAAAGCAAAAUGUGGAGUUUCUCUGAAUUCAUUUAGGAUGCGACACAACAUUUAGGUAUUUGGCUUCAAAUCUGUCACCA